AUGAAGUACGGACGUCGUCACAGUCACCCCGACGAUCGGGCAGCCGUGGCAGUUCGGGGAGAUGGCCAUCAUCAUCAUCUCGACCGAAGCAAGCUGUCCCAUGGUGCUCGCGAUGUCAACUAUAGCGAGGCGAUGAAUGAAGCCUACAAUAAGCUGGCUCGCCAUGCCUGGCCGGUCUUCAAGCACGACCAAGCUCCCCUAUCCUCGGUCUCAACAGACCGCGAGACCUUGAUGUCGGCAUCUACCACAGUCAAUAAUGAUCAUCCUCUCUCAUCGUUCACAGACCGAUACGCCCGUUGUCUGGAGAUCAUCCACUACGGCACAAACAGCACAGUGCGUUUGCACGAACGCAGAGCCAGCCCAGGAUCCCAGUCCAGACAGCUUCUCGCCAUCAAGGUAUAUCGCCACUCGAUCGUAAGCUCGAAUUCCGUGAGCAACAACAACACAGCUACAAUAACAUCGCCUUCCUCGCUCAAUGAUGCACACCCGAACCACCCAAAUAUCCUCCCGAUCCUCGACCUCCUCCAGAAUGAGCGCGGCGAGCUCUGUCUGGUCAUGCCCUACUGUGCCGGUGGCGACCUGCGCACUCUCCUGUCUCGGAAUAACCCACUUCCAACCACCGAUACAGACUGUAUCGUUGCACAGGUCUUGCGCGCGCUGGCAUUCCUGCAUGAGCACGACAUCGCCCAUCGUGAUAUCCGCCUAGAGACCGUUCUCCUCACAACUCACGGUGCAGUGAAACUCGCUGGAUUUGGCGACGGCCAUAUUAGACGACUCUGGGCUGAGUGCGCUGUACCGACAGCAGAACCAAAAGACCAUCCUCCACACCCCCACACCUCAGGCUCAGCGCCCUGGUCCUUCUCUCUCCCCUGGCAUUUCUCUCCAUUCUACCGCGCAACACCCAAUUCCAAUUCCAAUUCCUCCAAACUCCUGGCCUGGAUCUCGAACACAUCAACAGCCUCCAUCCCCGGUCUGAGUCUCCCUUAUAUCCCUCCCGAGGCAUUCAACAACCGCCACCAUAAGUCCCACCACACUCCUUUCCAUAGAAAGAGCUCUAGCCCCUCCAGCUCCGGAGAAGACGACGAACAACGACCACGACCACCACCAGACCCCCGCCCAGCCGAUGUAUGGGCCACAGCCAUGAUCUACAUGACACUGAUCACAGGGCGGCUGCUGUGGCAUAGCGCGCGUCCUCGCGGCGAGGACGGCCGAUAUUUGGAGUAUAUUCGCUGUCGCGGUGAUGAGGAUGGGUAUUCGCCGAUUGAGGCGUUGGGAAGGAGACGACGAAAUGCUAUCUACGCAAUGCUGCAUCCGAACCCGCGGAAACGCAUCACGGCGCAGGCUAUGUUACGAUCUCAGUGGAUGGAUGGUGUUGCGGUUUGUGAGGCUGGCGAGAGGGGGUAUUGA